GAGCAAUCCUGUAUGAAAAUAUCUUUAACUUUAUAAAUUUAUAAAUUGGUUCUUUCCAAAAAAUAAUUGAUUAUAUGCAUACAUAUGGUGGUGGUAUACACAUCACCAUAUUAUCCCGAACACCAUCAUUGUCAAUGGCAGCAGCUGCCACAACUCCUGCAACAAUAACAACAACAACAACAACAACAACAGCAUCUUCGUCAAGUGCAGCUGCUGCUGAUUUGUCAUAUGAGGCUUUUAUAGCCUACAGGAGAAGUCAACCAGGACCCAUAUCCUACAGGGCCCAUAGGAUAUGGGUCUCAAAUAAUGGGGCAGAUCUCCCCUCUUUUCGUUGGGGGAGAAGAAGAAGAAAUGGGAGGGGGGGGUGUUAUGUAUAAUUAUAAUUAUAAUUGAUUAUACAAAAUAUAUACAAAUAAAUUAAAUAAAAUUUUACAAUAAGCACUGUUGUUUUUCUUUACCCUUCCUAAGAUAAAUUUUGCCAAUGUUGGAAAUGAUUUUAAACAAUAAAGGCGUUUAUGACUUUUUUAUUUAACAUAUGGGUGCCUUACAGUAAAAAGUACCAAUCUUCUGAGUUACUGAUACAGUUGCAUAGAGUCAGGAAUAAGUCACAAAAUAAAACAAAAAUUAGCUUGAUAGCAUCAUUUUUAAAAGUUCUACAUAGUUUUUCAUGGAAGUGUUUU